GCUAAACAAGCUAAUAGGAAGACUGAAGAGAAACCCGUGGUAGACGAUGAACGCUGGGAGGAUAGUAAUAACUUGGACUGUGAACAAAUCCUCGAAACGUACGAAAGUAAGUUGACUGUAAUCAGUCGAGAUAAAACUACAAAAAAAUCGCAUGUGAAAACGAAGUGUUCAAAAGUUGACGAUGAAGUCAAUCAAGUCUCUUUUUUGUUAAGAAAAUACGGAUUCGAUGUUGAUUAUAAUAAAGAAAUUAUCGCAUCAGAUAGGGAUAAGGAUCUUAUUGUUACUUUUGAAGAGGAGAAAGUUGUUUGUUAUAAUGAUAUGGACAUGCUUAUAACUACGUUACAACAAGAUUUUAAUGAUCAUAUUGGCGUGAUGGUGUCUAACCAAGACUAUUCUAAGAACGCAAAGAGUAAGGCGAAUAAAUUUAAUAUUCUAAUGUGCCGGAUAAAAAAUCUUGUUAAAAUGUUGGGCGAUCAUAUUAAUUAUCUCAAAGAAGCUGAAAAGACAGAAAAACAAGAGUAA